AAAUUCAAAAUAGGUGUUUCCUUGAUCGGAUUGAUCGGAUCGGUGUUCAAAAAUUUUCUUAAAUAUUUAUCGCUUGUCAAUAAAUUAAAUAAAUUAAAAAUACUUAUCUCUAAAAAACUGUAAUGGAGUUAAUAUAUAAGUUAAUACUGUUUAAUUAGCUGUACCCUCACUUAGGUUACGUUAAGUCUAGGUGUUCAGUCUUAAUCCUUAGACCUUUCUGUUUGAUUGGAUAGACAGUUUAAAUAAAUGUGAGAGAAAAAUGUUUAUUGUCGGUCUAACUGGAGGUCUCGCAACUGGCAAGAGCACCGUGCUUUCAAUAUUUCGGGACAACGGAGUAGCUGUAAUAGAUGCGGAUGUGGUGGCUAGGCAAGUUUUGGAGCCUGGUACUAAAGCAUGGAAAGAGUUAAGGAACUACUUUGGUGAAGAAGUUCUUUACUCUGAUGGAAGGGUUAACAGAUUAAAGUUAGGAGAACUCAUCUUUGAUGAUAUAGAGAAGCGAAGGAAGCUCAAUGCUAUCACACACCCAAGAAUACAGACCGCCAUGAUGAAAAUGGCUGUGAAAUACUUUUUUUCAGGCCACAAUUACAUAGUCAUGGAAGUGCCAUUGUUGUUUGAAACUGGGAAGAUGAUCAAUUUCAUGCAUAAAAUUAUCACGGUAGUAUGUGAAGACUAUCAACAACUUGAACGACUUUGCAAGAGGAGUGACUUUACAGAAAAGGUUGCCAAGAAGAGGAUAAGUUUUCAGAUGCCUUUGGAGCAAAAGGUUGCCAAUUCGCAUUUCGUCAUAGACAAUUCCGGGGACUUCGCCAAUACUAGACGGCAAACAGAAAGUAUAAUAAGGUUAUUACGGCGAUCCAAAUUCAAUUGGUAUUUUCGUGCAAUAUUUUUGAUUGCUGUAAUGGCUUUUUUAUUUGGUGUUACCCAUUUAUUUGUAAACUUGAUCCAAAAUAAAACUUGAUUUGUCAAAUAAAAGUAAGUAAUUUAUUGUUAAUAUCAU